AUCUCUCAUUUUAAUUUGAUCACGUUUACAUGUUACGUGGGGUGACCCGCCAAGGCGGGUAGCCUGGUCUACCAGACCGGGUUACCCUCUCAGCCGGGGUCAAAUUUUGCCAUGUAAACGUUUCAAGAUGGGGUAACCCGCCUGGCCGGGGUCGGAUUCGUGAUACAUCAAAUUCGGGCAAAUUUCACUUUGGCGGUGGCUUUGCAUCAUUAUUAAAGUUAACGAUAGAAAGCCAUUGUACUGAAGGUUGCGGCAAGAGCAACAAGGGAGUGUAGAAGUGCAUUAAUCGCCAAAACACGUGGUUUGCCAGCAUUUUUCUAGUUUACGUGCUUAGCGACCAUUCAAUAAUCUUGAGAAAGUGCACCCCGGGAUGGCGGGGUUGUAAGAUUGCAUAUAAAGGAGGGUUAUUUUUUUACCCCAGAUAAGCAGGUUACCUCACCUACCUGGGGUUCCCCACCUCCAUGUAAACAGGCCCUUAAAAAGUUUGCAAAUCUUAAAUGUUCUUAGAUCUUAAGUCUUUCUGCUUUCGACACAGGGGCUCUUUCGCCCGUACUUGAAAACUUUCGUCCCGCCUUUUCUCCCGACCCGACUAACUGCCCCUGGGUCUCAGUGGAUGCCCUUAUUGCGGCUCACCAGCAUGGCAUAGCCGUCGCGUCAAUGAACUGGAAAACCCUUGUCUCAAAGACACGGGUUAAAAACAAGCAAACGUAGAAUCCUCGAAAACUCAUAUUAAAGUCUGUGAAUAUUCAACGUACAGACUUAUCAUCAGGUCGAGCAAGGAUCAUGCACCAAAGAACUGCACGUAGUCAGGAAACUUUCAGUUUGAUAUAAAAUCCCUAUAUGAUUUCAAAAUACUGUCUGCCGAAAACUAAAGUCGCUUUUCCAGAAAUACAAGCUGGGGCUUACAACAGGUAUUCACGCUUGCAUCGGUCACGUCUUCGUAACUAUUAAGGAGUUUUUAAAAGAUACCACGAGGGCUGAUAGCCACGAAAACGUCGCAUGGAAAAGUGAAUUCAAAAUUUUUCAGUCUCCAUCGUGAUUAUUCCAACUCGCGUACUUUGUCAAAUGCAAGCGAACUCUUCUGCAGCUGAAUUUCUAUCAACCAUAUCCAAGUGCAUGAAGAGAAUGAAUUUUGCCACUGCUUGUUUACGUCCUUCACAAAACGUGAAAUUAGGCAUUUUCACGGGUAGUCGUGCAGUUGACGGCAAAAACUUAAAUGUAUAAAAAAGCGUGAUACACGUGCAAGGUUGUUGUUUUGCAUUGUCGAGCUAUUGCUUAUUUGACUUUCUCGUCGCCGCCACAUCUCAAACUUCCUAAUAUUUACGAUACAUUGUGAUCUGUCAAAAACAGAAUAUUCUCGGGGCAAAUUGAAUUGCUCCUGCUUAUAGCAUCCCAAACGUUUUUUCGACUCAUCGGUAGUUCCUUCGUUUCUGGUUAGGAAAGUAGAAAACGAAAGUUUCCCUUGCACACAUAAGCUUGGUGAACGAACCGGGCAAGUGUGGCGAGACAAUAGGCGUGGUGUACGAACUCACGAAAAGAACUCAGGAGAGACUCUUGGCUGAUUGGGCACAAUAAUACAAGGCAUUUUUUGUGCCCAAUCAGGAGCCAGCAUUCGCUUGAAUUUUUGAAAAUAGUUUGGUGAGAGUCGGUACCCAGGGGCUCUUUUGCCCGUACUUGAGAACUUUCGUCCUGCCUUUUCUCCCGACCCGACCGACAGCCCCUGGGUCUCCGAGCAUGCAAUAAGGGUGAAACAGCUGUCCAUGGCUGCCACUCUCCGCGUGAUAUGGCUGUGCGCAUGCGUGAGAUACUGGCCAGACCGUGGGUUGGUGUAUGUGUGCCCCUUGCAUUAAGUUCGCACUAUUUUCAAUGUUGUUUUCGCUUAUGCAAUCGAAUUAAGUUCAGUAUAUUUUCAUAACUUACUGUAAUUCAUGACAUUUCUCAACAAACUGAACAGCGCGCGCGUAUAGGUAAAAUAUUUGCUCGCUGGCACUUAGUGAUAGCUAUAACUAGUAUUAUGUCACGAGUGUAUAAGUAUGACAUAAAGUCCGAGAUUCGGGGGAUUGGAGCACAUGACACCACAGAUACCAGCCACAACCUUGGCCAAAACUGUUGAAGACUGUUCCAUCUCUUUUUUGACAUUUGUACCAUAGUAUCACCUCCCCUAAACAGAAAAAGUGAGCCUCCCCUUCCCUAUUCAAAGUUGUUUCGGUCUAAAAACCAAGGUAUAUACUUCUUGUGUUAUCCUAAACAACACUGAAUAACGGAAGGAAGAAAAACCGGGCAACGGUUUCCAAUUUUGCAAGGAUGACAGCAACACUAAUGAGGUAUUUCUGCGAUAUGUCUCAAUAGGUUUUGUCUGAGGUUAUAGGUACCCCGACUAAUAAGCUACAGAGAGAUCGCAUGGUAAUUAUUUCUAUAAUUUUUCUAUUUUCCCCUUUGAGUUUUUAAAAAUGUUUUUCCAAGGUGUUGAAUUUCGACCUAAAUCCUUCCACCGAAGGAAUUGAGAAGGUUCCAUUCAGUACGAAGAAGGUCCCUAAAGAGGCAAUUGAGCUGGAUGAAAGCAAAAGAGGCGACCCGUUAUGGAUCAACUCUGUGGUAGAAGUGGGAAUGAACAACCCACUCCUACAAAGUGGCCAUCUAGAAGUCAUUGAUGCACCUGGGAUGAGUGAAAAUGAGUCUUUGGACAAGAUCGUUAAUGAGUGCAUUCAGGGAGUCUUACAGGUCAUCAUUUACGUCAUCGAUGGCAACUCAUCUUUAAGAUUACAGGUUAGUGUGAAAUAAGGAAAGCCUUGUGGGAUCGUGUUCAAGACAACUCUGUGAAUGCCCAGUUGACACUACCCGAUAAUCUUGGUCAGUUGAAAGUUACAUAAAUAAUUUUGGCACCAAGCUCUCAACACUGUACAAAUACCAUUAUAAAUAAGUCUGAGGUAUCUCCCAGGUAAGAAUCUGUGAUGGCCGUUCUUGGUGUUUCAUGUGCUUUUAGACUCUAUAGUGCCGUUAUUUGCUUACCAAGCCAUCGUUUAUGUACAGUCAGUAUUAAGGAAGGAAGGAGCGAAAUCUUUUUGUCUUAUUGUGUUGCCCAUGCAGUUACACUUCUCAAGCAGAAUAGAAUGAAAUUGCCAGUUUUUGAUAAAAACCCAUCCCAGCAAGGAUGUUUUUUUCCAGACGUCCCGUUUUAAUGACUUUGUUAGCGUUUCAGUAUAUAGCCGCUGUGUAGGUUCCUUAUCAUAGAGUUUGGCAACCGAGAAAGUCUGACAGUUGAUUAACAAUUUAAGUUGUAAUUCAGUUAUACCUCGCCCUUUGUGCAACAGACUUCUUAGUCCUUUAUUCCUUCACGCCUUACUAACCUCUCUGUUAGCGUAAGAGGAAAUGGGUUACGGUAAUUACCAACGCGGAUUUGGCUGGGGGGUGGUACCUAGGUGUAAUAUUGAGAGGAGGUACUGAUUGGGUUUGCCGAAAUGCUUACUAUUCGGGUUCCACUUUUAUGCCACACCUUUGGAUCUGUUUCAUUCAAAACCGUAGUUUCGCUUUUUAUGUUCUUUCUUCGCCCCCUUUUUUUAUAGAGAAAAGGGACACUUCUUGGGUAAUAGUUCUGAGCCUUUCGAUGCAACAAUUUGGCUUCAUUUCCAUCUCCCCGUCACUAUCAUACCUUAUUACUCCCUUGUGAGUAACCAAGCAUUUUUUCCUUUUACCUUAGGAAAGGGAAUUUCUUCUCAACUUGAAAGAAAAAGUUGGCAACUUGCCCAUUUUCUUCGUUUGCAACAAGGUGGACAAAGACCAAAAAGCACAAGAAUUUGACCGGGAAUCCGACUCAGAAAGUAAUUCCAAGUCAGAACACGACAAGUCAAGUGAAAAGGAAAAAGAGAAACAAUACGUUGUGUAUCAAGCUCUUACAAAGUGCCAAAUGGUUCCUGAAGACCUAGCAUGGGAGGACUGUGCGUUUUUUCACGGGUUGUCGUGCAGGGAAGUAAGGAGUGCUCGGCGUAACAAAGUAACCAACCAAUUCACCGAACAUUUUGACAUUCUCAAAUCCAAGCUGCUUAAAUUUGCUGUUGUUGGAGUAAAUUCGCAUUUGAAAUCUGCCACCGAGCUUCUUUCCCAAAUCCAAAACAGAGUUUUCGAUUUGUUCCUGACUUGCGGUUUCCAAAAACCCGUCCAAAGUGGAUUGUUCGAUUCCCUGAAAUCGAAGGAGCAAAGUUAUGUAGAGCAGACAGUGACAUACAUUAAAUCACGCAGAUCUGAGAUUGCAGAAAUUAUUUCUAAGGCUAUCAUUGUAAAGAGAAUCAAAAUCGAGGAAGACGCAAGCGAGAUGCAGUUUGACCCCAUUAAAAUAGGGGAUGUUGUCGGACGAAAUGAAGUUGUCAAACAGUGUCGAAGACAAAUCAAGGACCUGGUGCUAUUUAAAGUUAUGGACAUUUCCAUGGUUAGAGUGAAGCAAACACUAACUCUAAUUACGAAACGAUUGCGUACAUCUCUGGAAGAAUCUUUCUGCGAAGUGGUAAAACAAGAUGAUCGUCUGCCUAAUCUUGUAAAGAGACAGCUAGAGUACAGCUUUCUUCAGCAUUUCCAUCAGGAAGACGUGGUACAACAUUUUGAUUAUGCUUUGAUAAGAACUGGAAUCAGAAUGAGGGAUGAAGCCGUGAGGGCAGUAGACGAUGUGUGGUCUGCCCUCAGAGGAAAGGGGACAAGACUAAACCGAGCAUGGAAGCGAAGCGUUGCUAAGGAUGUGCUUGAUAGCGUUGAUGCCGAUGCAAUAGCUGACAGAAUAUGCCAAAACAUUUUAGACGAUCUUGGUCUUGGUCACAAACGUUUUAAAAGAAGUCUGCGCUUCAUGAAAAGCAUAUGCGCGGCCGCAGCGAAGCUGACUGACGCUCAGCAAAAGUUUGCGAUAGCAAGGGCACCACGUUUUGCCAGCUUAAUGUGUAGCACAGCAGCACUCAAUGAAACCCUCGUAUCACCAGUUCCCCAGAGAGUAGCCUUGGGUGCUCGAGUGGGAAGAAAAGGACACAGAGGCGACGUCUAUGAAGUAUAUUCCGAGGAGCGUUUUGUUGCCAAACAGCUAACCUGCGACAAGGAGUCAACGAAAGAAGAGUAUAUGUUUGGCUUGAUACGUUCUUAUAGAAGGUCAGAAUUGCAUUGAAUCAUAUAGUUAAUCACUAAUCAGUUAGUUCUUUAGAUGCAGCGCUAAUGACGGAAAAGAGAGACAGACGACAGAGACAGAGACAGGGACAGAGACACAGAGACACAGACACAGAGACAGAGAAAAAGACAGAGACAGAAACAGAAAGAGAAACAGACAGACAGACAGACAGAAAUCUGGUUAUACGAGCGGUCUAACUAAAGCCUAGCGCUCAAGAAGUUAGUUGUAGUGGGCAGUUAACUCAGUAAAUGAAAUCAAACUUUACCGUUCUUAAUCUUAAUUAGUCGCUCAGCGGUGAGCCUAAAGUAGAGGGAUACUCAGAAAAGUCUAGAGACCACCUAGAUUUGUUUAAUUAAUCCAACAUCCAACAUACAUGGGGUUUCACUGCAUUUCCUGUUAGAGUAAAACUCAGAAAAUAAGCCUUCGGGUCUACCGGGCAGGUUUUCAUUCGGUGGGUGCUUAUACUGGGGAAGAUCUUUACAUUUUGCUUUUGAUUUAGCCUGCUGCGCCACAAACGGAACUAAACUUCCGGUUAAGAGUCCGUCUGCGAAAUAGCGCCGAAAUCCUUGCCCUGGUCCCCCACCUGUGUACUUGGAUUUGAGUACACACCACGAUUGGUAUGUUAAAAAUGUCAUUGUUGGUCACUCUUAGUGAGCCUAAAGUGGAUGGAUUCUCAGAAAAGUCAAGUGGCCACCUAGGGUGAACUCUAUAUGCAAAUCAGACCAAAUAUGAGGUGACUCCCCUCAAGAAAAGAGCGCGAAGAUUUGUUCAAUUAAUCCAACAUCAAACAUACAUGGGCUUUCACAGCAUUUCCUGUUAGUGUAAAAUAGUGUAAAUUUCCGAAAAUGAGCCCUCGGUUAAUCUUUCUCAAAGGCCCGGGCGAGCUUUCAUUCGGUGGGUGCUUAUACUGCGGAAGAUUUUUUUAUUUUGCUUUUAGAAUUUGGCAGGCAUUGAUUUAGGCUGCAGCGCCACAAGCGGACUAAACUUCUGGUCAAGUCCGUCUGCGAAAUAGCCGCUGAAAUCCUUGCUCUGGUCCCCCGACCUGUGUACUCCGAUUUGAGUACCCACCACGAUUGGUGUGUUAAAAAGGCCAUUGUUGAUUUGGCAAUCAUGUUGAAGGGAGACUCGAAACGCACUUCCGGUAAUUCGUUGAGUCCGUUGGGGGCACGGAACAAGGAUAACAGCGCUGCUUUGCAGACGUUACUAACCGGGCGGGUUAGAUUACAUGUACGACACAGGCUAGCAUUUAUUUUAAAGAGGAUUAGAAACGGAGGAAUUUACUUUUUGAUGGCAUCUUCUAUACUUGCUUUUGAUCCUUAGGAUUCAAAACGACCUGUCCACAGUUUUGAAGCCCGUUUCGUUGCUAUUGGAUAAGCGCAAGCGGUUCACCGUGCUGCUACCACGAAUGCGCAUAGACCUGUUUGAUCUUCUGAACAGGGAUGGCAUUCCUUUUCGGCGUGGUCUCAGAAUAAUUGAACAGAUAACGGCUGCUUUUGAAGAUUGCUGGGACAGAGGCCUUUAUCACGUGGAUUUGAGGAUUUCAAAUGUCCUGGUAUAUAUUUUUUGAAAUCCUUUUAAUAUGCCUUCUUAUUGUAACACUGUCUACUUUUGAUUUCUUAUUGAAAAUGUUCUAUUCAGGUCCCUAGCUAUUCCUUAUCGCUAAGAUUUGUUAUGCUGAUCUAAAUACGAGAAGAAUCCAAUUUGCCCGUGAGGACUGGGGUUGGGGAAGGAAAUUUGUACUCUUUCCAGUUUUCCAGUUUUGGCUCGGCACUAUUAGGAAUCAAGAUACACUGCGAUUGAAACCACAUUCACACGGGAAAAUCCCGGACUCUGAACAGUCUAGUUGGGGUUGUCUAUGAAACUGAUGUUUAUUUCAUCUUUAUCAAGUAUUGUCACCCUAGUAGUCCAACUUUAAUUUUACUCUUUGUUUGAGCCUCACUAUCGUUUCUACGAUAAAACAGAAGACAAGAUACACUGAACCAAAGCCGGGGCCCGUUUCUCGGCGAAAGGCUCGGUAACUCUUCGGGCCCGAAGGUAAAUUUUAAAAUCAAAACCUGUUGAAUAGUGACACAGUUCAUAGCACACACACCGGUCAAUUUUGCUUCGUUAACUGUUAGUUUCAUUGGAUUAUUUUCAAGAUUAUUGAAACUGUGAUCUUGAAUGCAUACGAGAAACGCCCCCUGGAAACAAAAAUAUAUUUACCAGCCUCUAUAUCUCUUGCGCUCUCGUCUCAGUUUCGUUAUAGAUCAUUUUCACUCACGUGGUUAGCAGCUAUAAGAAUUUCUUGGAACAAAAGAAAAGGAAGUUUUUAAAUGAGAAAAAAAUUCUAUCCCCGCAGUUUAUUUGUACAAACCAAUAUGACCGCCGUCACGCGUGACGUAAUUUGCAAGACUAUCUAUAGAUGUAAGGUAGCUUUAAUAUUUGACGGCGACGAUAUUAACGACAAAAAACUAACACAACUCAACGUUAGAUACGUUGGUACAACCUCUGCAAAGCGCGGCUGCUCUAUAACUUUCUUUUUCUUUCACGGCAGCUGGACGAAAACUUAAACGCCAAGCUAAAUGUCUCCAAACCGAGAGACGAUUCCAUAUUGUAUCCAGACGAAAAAGCUCCGUUUCAUGUGCCUGACAUCAACCCUGGUGUUCGUAUGUUUGAUUCAGCGGUAGUGUGCAUCCUUAAAAACCACUGUGUGUACAGUCUUACAGUGCUGCUUUGGCUACUGUCGGAGGAUAAAUACUCCAGGCCUGACUACGCUGAGACGAGUGAUGUGAGACAAGUGUACGCAGCAAUCGCACAGGGAAGGGACUCUAAGAACUUUUUAAGAAGGCUGGAAAAGAGUGAUUUGACGUCAAGAGUAAGGAUCGAGGGGCUAAACAUUGUACAGUCAAUGUUUAAUUUACCGAAAGAAGAGUCUCUUUCCUCAUGGCUAGAUGACUUCAAAGUAAAGGUCACUUCCGUGCUUUCUUAUGAAACUAUGGAGACGACAGUUUAAGAAGGUUUUGAACCAACAUGGUGGUGGAAGAAAACGAAUUUGCUGUUGCAGUCAAACAGCUGUGAAACAGUUACCCUUUCCCAGAAUAGGCCAUUUUCGAGCUCGCUAUGACCGCUGAAUUAAAGGAGUGAAGACGCAUUUUUUACAGCCUUAGCCUCCAUCUGAAGUAAUAUAUUCACAAAUUCCAACGAGAAAAAGACCUGUUUAUUACUGUCUAUUGUGUAUAUUCAAAUUUCAAGCACUUACUUGCCAGAAUUUCUGAAUGUUUUACUUUACGUCGAGGCUAACCCUGUAUGAAUGUGUCGUUAAUGUUUAUUUUCAGCGGUAAUUUUUAAUAUGAAACUGGACUAUUGUCUCUUUUGCUACUGAGAUCGAUUAGAGGGAAAACCUGGUUGUUGUAUUUUUUAACAAAUAACCUAAAGAACGCUGCAAAACUAAAUAAGUGAAAUAGAAUUUCUUACGGUAUGCAGUGCAAUAUCCCAUAUAUAACUUGUACCUCGGAAAUGUGCAGUAGUUUAAAAGAAAUGAGUUGUUUUUCAUGCUAAAAUUUUUAAUUGCUGGAGUUGGGCACAGUCAAUAUUUAAGAGGUGGGCAAAAAAGACUGGACACUAAAGUAGAACGCCAAUGUUUAAUUUACCGAAAGAAGAGUCUCUUUCCUCAUGGCUAGAUAACUUCAAACUAAUGGUCACUUACGUGCUUUCUUCUUAUGAAACUAUGGAGACGAGAGUUUAAGAAGGUUUUGAACCAACAUGGUGAUGGUGCAGUCAAACUGCCGUCAUUUAUUAAAGUUCUUUCUUCUUAUAAAACUAUGGAGAAGACAGGUUAAGAAGAGUUUGAACCAACAUAGUGGUGGAAGACAAAGGAACAUAUUUAACGAAUUCGGUGUUGCAGUCAAGCUGCUGUUAAACAGUUACGUUACCUUUGACCAGAAUUGUCUCUGUCGAGGAGAGAGAGUCGAUACAAGAAUGCUGCAAAAGUAAUGCAAUGUAAUUACUUCCCAUAUGCAGUGCAGUCUGUAUCCCAUUUAUAACUUGUAGCUCAGAAAAGUACAGUGGUUUAGGAAGAAAUAAGGGUACGUUGUUUUUCAUGCUAAAAUUUUUAUUUGCCGGAGUAAUCAAGGUGUCCAGUUUCUAUUUUUUUCCUAUUUUUUGAGCAUAUUCCUAGUUCCCCUAUUUUUAAGCUAAAACCUCUUAUUUUUCCUAUUUUUUAGCUUGUGAAGCCA